UGCUAAUCCACUAUCCAUGUUCGUCCAUCCCGCGGCAGUAUACACACUUGUGGCUUGCGUGAAAGAGGAGGACUCGCUCAGACAGAAAUGACAAAUGAAAAGAGAUGUCCGAGCAUUAUGCAUUUUUUCUACUUAAAAAGAUUCGACUUCUCGUCAGUUUAUGCGUCUCACGUCGCAGCAACAAAUCAGCACUGUGCCCUGCGUUGCUGACGAUUCGCUGACGCCGCUUCUACCACACCGCCCGAGAGAGGAGGACCCGUAAGAGGGGGGAAAGGCUGGAGACUGGGCUCUAUUCAAGGUGAAGGCGAACCCUGCAGCACGGAGAUCGCAAUUCUCUGACCCUGGGAGAGGUUGAUGCAAUGGAGGUUCCAAGCCUUGGACACAACAUUAAUAGCCCGACAAGCCCGUGUGAGGACAUGAUAAAGAAUCUGAGCUUGGAGGCGAUUCAGCUGUGUGACAGAGACGGAAAUAAGUCUCUGGACAGCGGGAUCGCGGAAAUGGAGGAGCUUCCUGUUCCCCGGAACAUUAAAAUAAGCAACAUCACGUGCGACUCCUUCAAGAUCUCCUGGGACAUGGACCCCAAGUCCAGGGAGCGCAUCACCCACUACUUCAUCGACCUCAACAAGAAAGAAAACAAGAACUCCAACAAGUUCAAACACAAGGAUGUGCCCACGAAGCUGGUCGCUAAGGCCGUCCCCCUCCCCAUGACCGUGAAAGGCCACUGGUUCCUGAGCCCGCGCACCGAGUACACCGUGGCCGUGCAGACGGCUUCCAAACAGAGGGACGGGGACUACGCUGUGUCAGAGUGGAGUGAGAUCAUCGAGUUCUGCACCGCAGAUUACUCGACUGUCCAUCUCACUCAGCUGUUAGAGAAGGCAGAGGUGAUAGCCGGCAGGAUGCUCAAAUUUUCUGUCUUCUAUCGCAACCAGCACAAAGAAUACUUUGAUCAAGCCAGGGAGGCUCAGAGCAACAGGAUGCUGCCGUCAGUGAAGGACAACAGCGGCAGCCACGGCUCGCCCAUCAGCGGCAAGCUGGAGGGCAUCUUCUUCAGCUGCAACACGGAGUUCAACACGGGCAAGCCCCCCCAGGACUCCCCCUACGGCCGUUACCGCUUUGAGGUCGGCGCCGAGGUGCUCUUCAACCCAAAGACCAACCUCUACUUCGGGGACUUCUACUGCAUGUACACGGCCUACCACUACGUCAUCCUAGUGCUGGCUCCCCAGGGCUCUCCGGGGGACCAGUUCUGCAAGCAGAGGCUGCCAGCGCUGGACAUCGCCAACAACAGGUUCCUGACCUGCACCCAGGGGGAGGACGGCCGGCUGGCCUUCCACCACGCCCAGGACGUCAUCCUGGAGGUCAUCUACACCGACCCCGUGGACCUGGCCCUGGGGACUGUGGCCGAGAUCAGCGGCCACCAGCUCAUGAGCCUGUCCACGGUCAACGCCAAGAAGGACCCCAGCUGCAAGACCUGCAACAUCAGCUCAGGGCGCUAACACGCCCCCAUCCCAUCCCCCCCGGCCCCGCCACACACACAUACACACAUACAACAUUCCAAAAAACCUCCCCCGCACAAAUCGUCCAACCCCUUUAAUGUUCUGUUUAGUAUUAAGCAUCCUCCGCAUGAGCUUUUUACCAAACCAGUGGUCUUUUCCUCUGACCAGUUCUAAUACCCUCAUGUUCGGUCCGCCUGUCCCCAGGUUUCUGUUCUGUUGUUUUGUUUCCUUUCCGGAGGGUAUUUGUGAACAUGUAGCUAAGUCAAACAGUGCCCCCCCCCCCCCGCUGUGAUGCUUACAGCAGGCCUUUCAUCAGAUCUUACCGCUGUGAUGUGAUUCUUUUGCCAAAGGUAACAAAAAAAGAGCAAAAAUGCUGUAGAAGAGCAAUGAUAACAGCUUCUAAAAAGCAUUCUAAAUGCAAACUAGCCAUCUCAUAACUGAUUCUAAUUACUGGAAAACAUAAAUAAGCAUGAUUAGGUUGUACCUGCAGCAUGAAUUUAAUAUGGAAAUCCUAGAAAUGUGAUCACAUCCACCUUAAUGUUUGCAGUGUCACAUGUUAUUUAUUAACAGGAACCAUAUACUGUGUUACGACAUAAUAAAUGUGAUAGAAAAAAUAUUUAUUUUUACUCUUGUAAAAAAAAAAAUGCAUAAACCAGAGUGCACAAUAUGAGGAAUUUUGAUUAGAGCACUGAAUGCAAUUUGGGAAAGUGACAUUUUCAGUAAAAGGAAAAAUCACACAUGGAAUUGCAAUAAUAACUUGCACUAUGCCAACAUUCACAAGCUAGAAAAAUACAGUAUAUAUCGGAGGCUGUGUAUAACUCAGAAUGUGCGGUAACAAGCUUAAUAUUCAAUUUCCACUACAUCUGUAGCACAGUUUAAGAUUUGAAAUUGAUUUACAUGCAGAAACCUUUUGCAAGAUUGUAACUGAUGUUUGCACUCAUACGUUUUACAGUUUUCCAUGAGAAGAAUUCAAUUUCUGGCUGUUUGAAAUGACAUACCUGUCAGCCAGAAUUGUACUACGAUUUAGCAUAACGCACAUUCCGCUACAGAAUUUGACAGUACAUGUUACACCAGAGAACAAUGCAGUGGAAAACAACCCGUGUUCACACGAUCAUUAACACAUUACUCACAUUCCAGGAUAAAAACAAGUGUAAGAAUAAAAAUAUUAUCGUAAUGUAGAAGUCUACAAAAUGGUAUGUGCUGAUCAAAGAGUCUUCAGCUUUAUGGUAUUGUUUUGUUGAGGGAACUCUUGGGGCACACCCCUUUCACUCAUUUGAACUCGUUUCACACAAGGGAGAUAGCACUGGUAACUCCUCAGUGAUUUAGCUAUGCUCUCCUGUGGGUCAUAAGCGGUAUACUGAGCUGUGUCUCGAUUUUACUUUUCACUGCUAGACAGAAAAAAAUGUUAUUACUGCACUUCAGAAUGACAGAUUAAAACUUCAUAUCAUAUCUGUGAAAAUGCAUGUAUAUAUUUUUUACUUUGGCUUAAAAAAACUGAGUAAAGUGCCAUAUCUUAGCAUAGAAGUGAAUAUUGUCACUUCUUUUGAUUUACAUUUUAAUUCCAUUCCAAUUUUCAUUUAAUUCCCCCCACCAAAUCGCAUUAUACAUUGUAGGUACAUUAGUUUUCAUGGUGAAUGUUGCAUCUUUAACCAGAAACCACAAGAGAGGUUUGAAUUGUUGUUGCUUAGCAACAGUUGGGAUAGCUUGCCUUCUAUUCAUUUUGUCAACCAAGGUGAUUGUAACUAAAGUGCAUCGUAGUGUCAACAUGGCACAAGUCCAGGAUGAAAAUCUUUCAGUUAAAGUGUCUGAGUACAGUAGUUCUUUUAAAAAAUA